AUGGGAUCUAUCGAACUCGAGGCCUUUGAUGUUAGUCGUAUCAGGAAUUUCAGUAUCAUUGCUCAUGUUGACCAUGGCAAAAGCACGCUCGCGGACAGGUUACUGGAAUUAGCACAAACUAUAACCAAAAGGAAGGACAACAAGCAAGUGCUGGAUAAACUAAAAGUUGAACGGGAGAGAGGCAUUACGGUCAAAGCACAGAGCGCAUCCAUGUUUUACGACUACAAAGGAAAAAGAUAUCUUUUGAAUUUGAUCGAUACGCCGGGUCAUAUGGACUUUAAUUUUGAAGUAUCUCGCUCGUUAGCCGCCUGUCAGGGUACUCUAUUGCUUGUGGACGCUGCACAGGGUAUUCAGGCCCAGACAGUGGCCAACUUUUAUCUUGCGUAUGGGCUGGACAUUACCAUCAUUCCAGUCAUCAACAAGGUACGCUUGAACCGAUUUGUUGGCAAAAUUGAUCUCCCGGCAGCAGAUCCCAAACGCGUUGCAUCUCAGAUCGAAGUCGCCUUUGAGAUGCCUGCCGACGACUGCCUUGAGAUUUCCGCAAAGUCCAAUUUGAAUGUGGACCAAAUUUUACCCAAGAUCAUCGAGACCGUACCUUCACCAUCAGGCGAUAUCAACAAGCCCUUCAAGGCACUCCUGUUUGACUCUUGGCACGACACCUAUGUAGGUGUCAUUUGUCUGAUGGCUGUCAUCGAUGGCACAGUCAAGAAAGGCGAUAGAAUUGUCUCCGCACAUUCAGAACGGCGGUAUGAAGUUACGGAGACGGGUAUCAUGUAUCCAGAGCAAACGCCUACCAGCUCCCUGCAGGCGGGCCAGGUUGGCUACUUUGUCUUGAACAUGAAGACUCUGAGCGAAUCUCAUGUUGGAGACACCUUCUUUGACCACAAACAUAUCGGCACGCCGAUGCCAGGGUUCGUCCCCGCAAAGCCAAUGGUUUGGGCGGGUAUCUUUCCCAUCGAUACCGCGGAUUUUGAAAAGCUGGACCACAGCAUUGCCAAGCUGACGCUCAGUGACUCGUCUGUCAUGAUCCAAAAGGAGACGAGUACAGCUCUUGGGCAGGGCUGGCGCCUAGGCUUCCUGGGAACUCUGCACAUGGAUGUUUUUAGGCAGCGUCUAGAGCAGGAAUACGACGCCAAUAUUAUUAUCACAGCACCAACUGUGCCUUACAAGAUUGAGUAUCAAGACGGAGCGCAAAAACUCAUUCGAAAUCCAACAGAGUUUCCGGAAAUGGACGAACUCAACGCAAAGGUCAAAAGCGUGCAGGAGCCCAUGGUCCGGUCCACUAUUAUUUUCCCCAAGGAGUAUCUUGGUGAUAUUAUGGUGCUCUGUGGAUCCCGUAGAGGAGUCCAGCUAGAGCACACCUAUUUGGACGAGAGCAGAGUCCUCCUCAAGUACAGACUGCCGCUGGCUGAAGUCGUGACGGACUUCCACGAUGAGUUGAAAGGCCGCUCAAGCGGAUUCGCAUCGUUUGAUUACGAAGAAGACGGCUAUGAUGAUGCCGAUCUUGUCAAGAUGAAUAUCGUACUGAACUCAAAGCCUGUGGAUGCGCUUUCGAUCAUCCUCCAUCGCUCCCAAGCAGAGUUGGUUGCCCGGGACUGGGUAAAACGGCUGAAGAGUUUGUUGUCCCGACAGCUCUUUGAGAUUGUGAUUCAGGCGUCUGUUGGCAACAAGGUCAUCGCCAGGGAGGGCCUGAGUGCCUUGCGGAAGAAUGUCACUGCAAAAUGCUAUGGCGGCGAUAUCUCGCGAAAGAUGAAACUGCUAAACAAACAGAAAGAGGGAAAGAAACGAAUGAAGGCCAUCGGCGGUGUAGAAGUCAGUCAAGAAGCCUUCUACGAUUUUAUGUCCAAGAAAAAAUAG